AGCUAGAAGAUACAUAUAGUAUAUAAACCCAUUCCACAUACUUUAGUAAAAUUGCUUACAAUUAAAGUGAUGCCUGUAAGUUUAUAACUGCAUUGUAUUCAUUCCCCAUAUUUGAUACACAAUGUGUCAAUAUUCCUUUCCAUGUUUUUUCUGUUUCAUUUAAGAACUGACAUAAACCAUUCAGAUGGACGUUAAAUAAGAAAUGAAUCCAUUCCAUUGCAGAUGAAGCUGGUAUACCAGACAGUUGCAUAUACAGCUCUGCCUAUGAAAUGAGACCAUGACAACUGAUGAGGCUACAAAGAAGGAAGGCGAGGUCCAAGCAGCAACUCUUGUUGAACGAGGUGAAGAUAUAACACCAAAUAAAGAUCGAGGAGUUCUGAAGAUUGUGAAGAGACCAGGAAAUAAGGAUGAAUCUCCUAUGAUUGGAGACAAAGUUUAUGUCCAUUACAAAGGAAAGCUGGCCAAUGGAAAAAAGUUUGAUUCCAGCCGUGACAGGAAUGAGCCAUUUAUCUUCAGCCUGGGCAAAGGUCAGGUUAUCAAAGCAUGGGAUAUUGGGGUUGCCACUAUGAAAAGAGGAGAGAUCUGCCACUUGCUAUGUAGGCCAGAAUAUGCAUAUGGCUCUGCUGGUAGUGUCCCAAAGAUCCCCUCAAACGCAACCCUCUUUUUUGAGAUUGAACUGCUUGAUUUCAAAGGGGAGGAUUUAUUUGAUAAUGGAGGCAUCAUUCGUAGGAUCAAGCAAAAAGGUGAAGGAUAUUCUAACCCCAAUGAAGGAGCAGCUGUUCAGAUCCAAUUGAAAGGGUUUUGUGAUGGCAGAAUGUUUGAUUGUAGAGAUGUAGCAUUCACCGUUGGAGAAGGGGAAGACCAUGACAUUCCCAUUGGAAUUGACAAAGCUCUGGAGAAGAUGCAAAGAGGAGAACACUGUAUCUUGCAUAUAGGAACACAAUAUGGGUUUGGUGAAGCUGGAAAGCCUGUAUUUGGCAUAGAACCAAAUGCUGAACUUGUGUAUGAAGUUACAUUGAAAAGCUUUGAAAAGGCCAAAGAAUCCUGGGAGAUGGACACCAAAGAGAAACUAGAACAGGCUGCCAUUGUUAAAGAAAAAGGAACUGUGUAUUUUAAGGAAGGCAAGUACUUGCAAGCAGUGAUUCAGUAUGGAAAGAUCGUAUCCUGGUUAGAAAUGGAAUAUGGCUUAUCAGAAAGGGAAUCUAAAGCUUCAGAAUCUUUAUUGUUGGCAGCCUUCCUCAACCUUGCUAUGUGCUACUUAAAGCUACGGGAAUACACUAAAGCAAUUGAGUACUGCAAUAAGGCAUUAGCAUUGGACCAAGCCAAUGAAAAGGGCUUGUACCGAAGAGGAGAGGCAAGGCUGCUCAUGAAUGAAUUUGAGUUGGCAAAAUGUGACUUUCAGAGAGUGCUAGAAGUGAAUCCACAGAAUAAGGCAGCCAAGUCACAAAUUACCAUGUGUCAGAAGAAAACAAAGGAGCACAAUGAACGGGACCGAAAGAUAUAUGCCAACAUGUUCAAGAAAUUUGCAGAGAGAGAUGCAAAGGAGGAGGCCAGUAAAACUACAGAAGAGAAGGAGGAAAAGCCAUCUUCAGAAAUUGAGCUUAAGAAGACAGUGACUGAAGGCAGUGAAUCAGAGGGCCAUGUAUGACUGUGCAGCAGAAGGACAAUCCUGAAUUUAGCCUGCACCCAGACAGGUUUCUGAAGGACUCAGAAAUUCUACAGUGUUUAAUGUAAAGUUUGUUUCAAUAGGCAUUAUUGUGGAAGCAAAAGCCUAUCCAGAAGUUUCACAAGAAAUGAUAAAAUUACUGCCACUGCGGUGACCAUGCUCAGCAGUGCACCAUAAACCAAGGACAGAAUGGGACCACUUCAAGUGGAACAAAUGGUUCAGUAACAAAUACCCACAAUGGUUCUUGAUUAUAGAUGGCUCAGAGCUCAUUUCACUUUGCAUCAGGCAGUGACCAGGAUAGGGCCCCACAGGGAUAAGAGAACAGGAGCUGUCAGUUAUAUAGAUUUCGCGUUGCAUUUGGUUGUGUUUGUGGUAGCACCACAUGUGUAUAUUCUGCAUGUCAGAAAGAAAGGCCCAAGUGCUACCUAUUCAAGGUACCACUCCCAUGUUAGUAGAGUCAAAUGGAAAACCGUUUAAAAAGUCAGGCUCCUGGGAUUUUAUUCUCUCUGUUCUUGUAGUUCCAAUGGGUUUCUGUAGCACAAUAGUUUCUCAGGGAACUGAGUAGUCCAAAUCGUGCUAUUAUUGUUGUUCUUGUUAUUAAACGAUUGCUUGCUGGCAAGGUCCCCAAUCUAUUGAUGACCAAGUACAGCAGAAAUGCCAGCUUCUGGGCGUGAGCAUUUCCCACCUCUCAUUCCCCACUUUCCUAUCAAUAUGAUCAGCACCAAACAGCGCUGAUUAGCUGCUGCAGAAGGAGGGAAAGGAAUCUGGACUGAACCAGGCCAUUCCCCCCCCCCCCUUCCAGGAUCAGUUAGAUGUGGACAUAGGGAUGCUUGAGGACAGUAGCCUUUUUCCUUUUUAAUGCAUUUUUUUUCUUGCUGUGUGGGGCAAAUGUAUGCAGUAAUCAACUUGAAUUAUGUGUUGAGACCUGUUGAAUGCAUUGCUCAAAUUUAUAACAUGAUAGCAAUCAGGAUAUUUUUAAAAAAAGAAAAGAAAAAGAUUUUCUUUCAAAAAAUCAUUAUGAUUAGUUUUAUCAGUAAUACGGUGACAUAUUUUGCAACAUUAAAAACACUUUUAGAAACUAAA